AUGAGUUCCAGUGGGUCAGACUCUUCUGAUGACAACGACUCGAUAACAAAGGUCAACGCCGACUCAAAAUAUUCCAUGCCCUCAGAUGCCGAUUCGACCGCUGCGAGUAUGUACAACAUGAAGGUCGGCACCGACUCCCGAUAUUCCAUGCUCUCAAACACCGAUACGAUCGCUGCGAGUAUGAAUAACAUGAAGUCAGAAGAAAAGACGCCAGAAGUGACAAAAGAAGAAUCACUAGAGGUGAAAAGCUGGUUGACUCGAUUAGAACAAGCUCACAGACAAGGUAAAUCUGGUCUUCUUUCAGUUGACAACUUUUUCAACCAAAUUCAAUUAGCAAGAAUCACGCAAGUUCCUGACACUGCAGUCAUACUCCUUGCUUCCAUCGGUGGGACUCUCCUCAAUAUUGAUUUGUCAAGCAGCCUCCAUUUCUACAAUGAUAAGGGACGACAUGGCUGGAUGGCAUUCGGCCAAGGAGAAGAUGGUAAACAGUAUGAACUUUCUCCUUUAGCAAAUGAACCAAUAGGUACAAUAGAUCUUAAUCAUGUUUUGAAGGUGACGACCCCUACAAUUAGUGAAGCAUUUUCAUUGGCGAAUAAAUUUGACCAGGUUUGGGAUGAAGAAUAUACCUAUGAGGUAGGAAUAUUGCUUAUCCCUCCAAAUUUAUCAAGGCCGGUCAAGGCUCGUCUUUGA